AUGGCAGAAGGAGAAGCAAAGAACAUUUUAGUUCAACUCCCAGAAAAUUAUCAGUUCCUGAAGGUUCUGGGAGAGGGUGGGUUUGGUAAAGUGCUGCAGUGUUUAAAAAAGGAUACACAGGACAUUGUGGCUGUCAAGAUCCCUAAAGGUGCCAACCCCAUCAAUCUGAGCUGGGAGCUUAAAGUGCUGGAGUUCUUGACAGGUCACAUGAUGAACGAGUUCAACAUCUUGGCUACAGCAAUCAACGCACUCUCGGCUAUGAAUCUCGUCCACUCAGAUAUAAAACCGGACAAUAUAAUGGUCGUGGAUCAUCAGAUAAGACCAAUUCGAAUCAAGCUCAUAGAUUUUGGCUUGACUUUGCCCAAACACAAGAUCAGGCAGGGCAUGAGAGCACAGACCCUUCAUUUUAGGUCUCCAGAAAUCCUUUUAGGCCUUCCAUUUUCAGAGGCCAUUGAUGUGUGGGCAUUGGGAUGCAUAAUGGCCCACAUGAUCCUAAGCUUUCCACCGUUUCCAGGGUUUGAUGAAUACGAAACAAUCCGAUUCAUGGUUGCCCUCCUGGGACCACCAUCAGACCUUCUACUAAACAAGGCUCAAGAAUUAAAGUCAUCGCUGUACUUCAGGAAGACGCUUGGAGGCUGGCAUCUCAAGACACCUCUACAGUUUUACAAACCAAGUGUCACUUCCCAGAAGUACAGGAGAUACCCGGUUCCUUCACUGGAUCAUAUCAACUAUGUUCCUUUGGUGAAAGACUUUAAUGAAAAGGAUCAGGACCAGAUGAUAGAGCUGCUAAAGGGAAUGCUCCAAAUGGAUCAGGCUGACAGGAUCACUGCCAGUCUAAUCCUCAAGCACCCUUUCAUAUCAGCGGUUGCCCCAACCUUUUGUGAUGAAGCAUCGAAGUCGGCAGCUGCUCAACCCUCGAAGGACCAGGACCAGACCAGAAGCAACCAGGAGCAGCAUUCAGCAGCCACAGCUAGCCUGGAAACAGAUAGGGGGACAGAAAGCAACACAGGCUCAAAGACUCAUGUGACAUCAGUGGAUGAGGCUUGCAACAGUGAGGACUGCAAAGCAGAAUCUGAGGGCGCCACCAGUGACCCUCCUGCCUCUGUGAAGGAAGAUGGAACCACCAAAAUCAAGCCAGACCAGCACACUCCAACACCAAAAAUGCCAUGUGUGAUCAUGGUUCGUCCUGCUGCGCCCGAAAACACAGUGACAUUGGAGUUUGAAUCCAAGGUUGAGGACUCACCUGAUGUGAAGGAGGACAACAUCAUGGACGUUGAAGGAGACCACCACAGGCCAUCUACACCACGAUCAAGAAGACUUGUGAUCAUGGUUCAUCCUGCUGCGCUUGAAAACACAGCAACAUUGGAGUCUGAAUCCAAGGCUGAGGACUUACCUGAUGUGAAGGAAGAAAAUACUGUGGACAUCGAAGGAGACCACCACAGGCCAUCUACACCACGACCAAGAAGACCCGUCAUCAUGGUUCAUCCUGCUGCGCCAGAAAACAUUGUGGGACUAGGGAGUCAAGAAUCCAACACCACAAGAGAUAAGUCUGUUUAUGACUUGUUCACUGCAACCACAAGUAAGACCCAACAGCAGCAGCCACAGGAGAAGAAGAAGAAGAACUGCUUCCAGCGCUUCUGCUCUUGGGUGAGGAAGAACAUGUGCUCCUGCUGGUCCGGUGUCGACGAUGAGGAGGAAAGUCAGAGAUGA